AUGGACGAGAUCGCGCGAUCCCGCGUCAUCAAGUUUGUCGUGGGACCCGAGAAAGUCGAAUUCAACGUCCACGAAGCGUCCGUCACUUGGCUUUCUCGGCCACUCAGCGCCUUGCUUACGAGUGGCAUGCAAGAAUCUGUUGAGGCACGGGUGGUUUGGGACGAUGUCGAGCCAGGUACUUUUACCAAGUUCUUGGAGUACGCCUACAGUGGCAGCUUCACCGUGCCGGACGAGGAGAUUCAGUCGAAAAAAAGAAAUUUUAUGUCCUUGCGGAGAAAAAUCAAGACGCAUCGACUACUGACGGAGAAUCUUGGACCCGAAUUUAUCUACGCCAUCCAACACUUUGAGCAUUGCAACGCAUCGUCGGCUAGCUCUGCUAAUGCUGAAGCGACAUCAGAGGCAAACCUGUCGACAACCACCGCACAGAGCACGAUGCACUCAAAAACAUACUACUUGGCACAUGCUCGCCUCUACAUCCUUGCGGAAAAAUACUGCAUACCCGUACUGAGGACACUCUGCGUUGAGAGAGUGCAGCAAAGCUUGCUUGACAAUCCUAGAGAGAGGGAUCUGGUAUUUACACUGGUUGACAUGAUUCGCUAUGUCUGGCCCCGAACAAUGCCUAACGACGCGUUUCGCAAAUUGCUGCUCCGUUACGCCAUCACUAACAUGCGAUGGAUAAUGUCGACAAGGACGUUCAUCAAGAAUCUGAAGGACCUUCCCGAAGUUUGCCAGGAGUUGCUCACAAUGAUUCCCAUGACCUACUGGGGGUUGCUCUGA